AUGAAUGCAUUAUCGGCCACUGCGCCCUUGCGGGCUGCAGCACCACGCACCUACCUCCAUCUCGCCGUGCGCACCUACUCCGGUGUCGCCGUGAUGGCCUUCAACGGCCCAUGCCACCACACAAGCAGAUGUUCUGCGCCAUUGACCUCCUCUUCCAAGCGCCUCAUCUCUUCCACGCCGCAACAUCACAUCAAGGAAUACUUCCCGCCCCCAGAAUCUAAAACGGUCAAGGGAGUAAACACUUUGUGGGCUCAUCCAGUAUACACCGAGGCUCAGAUGCGGAAUAUCCAGGUUGCGCAUCGAGAAGCAUCCAAUUGGUCUGACUGGACUGCUCUGGGAGCGGUGCGCUUCUUCCGCUGGGGUAUGGACUUGGUGACGGGAUACAAACACCCAGAGCCCGGCCAAGAGACCCCGGCCCGGUUCAAGAUGACGGAGAAGAAAUGGUUGGCGCGGUUUAUCUUCCUGGAGAGCGUUGCUGGUGUCCCGGGCAUGGUGGGCGGCAUGCUGCGACACCUGCGGAGUUUACGGCGGAUGAAGAGAGAUAACGGAUGGAUCGAAACAUUACUCGAAGAAGCGUUCAACGAGCGCAUGCACCUCCUCACAUUCCUCAAGCUCGCCGAGCCCGGCUGGUUCAUGCGCCUAAUGGUGCUCGGCGCACAGGGCGUGUUCUUCAACGGCUUCUUCGUCUCCUACCUCAUAUCGCCGCGGAUCUGCCACCGCUUCGUGGGGUAUCUGGAAGAAGAAGCCGUGCUCACCUACACACGCGCGAUCGAGGAACUCGAGGCGGGCAAACUGCCGGAAUGGAGCGAGCUGGAGGCCCCGGCGAUCGCUGUGAAGUACUGGGAGAUGCCGGAGCACCAGCGCAAGAUGCGCGAUCUGCUCAUGUACAUUCGGGCGGAUGAGGCGAAGCACCGCGAGGUCAACCAUACGCUUGGUAACCUGGACCAGGCGGUCGACCCGAACCCCUACCAGGCCGAGUAUCACGACCCGACUAAGAUGCAUCCGACUAAGGGGAUUGAGAAUUUGAAGGCGACGGGGUGGGAACGGAAAGAAGUGCUGUGA